AUGUUGCGCCACUUGCUACGCCACGAGAACAACAAAGUGUUUGUCCUGAUUCUACUGUACUGCGUCCUGGUCAGCAUACUGAAGCUGUGCACCGCUCAGGGUGACAAUGCCGUGGCCCCACCGGAAAAUGACAUCACGCAUCUCGGCGAUGACUGCCAGGUGACGCCAGUAAUACAUGUGCUCCAGUAUCCUGGCUGCGUUCCAAAGCCGAUUCCAUCAUUCGCCUGUGUGGGUCGCUGCGCCAGUUACAUCCAGGUAUCGGGAAGCAAAAUCUGGCAGAUGGAACGCUCCUGCAUGUGCUGCCAGGAAUCUGGCGAGCGCGAGGCAGCAGUCUCGCUCUUCUGUCCCAAGGUGAAGCCGGGCGAGCGGAAAUUCAAGAAGGUGCUGACCAAGGCGCCAUUGGAGUGCAUGUGCCGUCCGUGCACUUCCAUCGAGGAGUCUGGCAUUAUACCGCAAGAGAUAGCCGGCUAUUCGGACGAGGGUCCCCUCAACAAUCAUUUCCGACGCAUUGCACUGCAGUAGAGGUAGAGCACAUCACAAUCAC